AGUUAGUUAGUUAGUUAGUUAGAGUUGUGUUGGCUACAGUGCACAAUCAACAUACAAUCAAGAUACUACAAAUUCACAAACCAACAUAACACAAUUCUGUCUGUGGCCAUUUGAUUUUGAUUUGUUACCACCUAUCUAUCAUAUAAUAAUAAUAAUCAAAGUUAUGCCAACGAUAUCGGCUGAUGUAAAUCAAAAUACUGUCAGUGUGACAACAUUACAACAAAGUAAAUACAUUACUAAUUUACAAUUAAUUACAUCAGCAGAAAUUGUCACUACAUUGACUACACCAACAAAUAAUUCUACAAUGUCUACUACUGUAAAUGAUGAUCAUCAUAUUCUGUUAGAGAAACAAGAAAAUCCUCCUACUACAUGCACUACCAUCUCUUCUUCGACAACUGAAGCUGCCAUUGUGAAUUUACUUGAACGUACAAAAUAUGCUUAUACACAAGAGAAUGGUCAACGACGUUAUGGACCACCACCAAAUUGGCAAUGUGAAGCACCACCAAGAGGUUGUGAAGUAUUUAUUGGGAAAAUUCCACGAGAUUGUUUUGAAGAUGAACUUAUCCCUGUAUUUGAACAAAUUGGUCCAAUCUAUAUGUUUCGAUUGAUGAUGGAAUUGAAUGGAAUUAAUCGAGGCUAUGGUUUUUGUAUUUAUACUAAUCGGGAGGAUACAAAACGUGCAGUACAAGAAUUGAAUAAUUAUGAAAUUCGUAAAGGCAAAACAAUUGGUGUAUGUUUGAGUGUAGAUAAUUGUCGUCUAUUUGUUGGUGGUAUCCCAAAAAAUAAAACAAGAGAAGAAAUUUUAACUGAAAUGAAACGAGUCACAGAUGGAGUUAAAGAUGUUAUCUCUUAUCCUAGCGUGACGGAUAAAACAAAAAAUCGUGGAUUCGCAUUCAUUGAAUAUAGUAGUCAUAAAGCAGCUGCUAUGGCUAGACGUAAACUACUACCGGGACAUAUACAUUUAUGGGGUCAUCAGAUAGCUGUCGAUUGGGCUGAACCAGAAAGGGAGGUGAAUGAGGAUAUCAUGUCAAAAGUAAAAAUUUUAUAUGUGCGCAAUUUAAUGUUAUCAACUACAGAAGAAAGUCUACGAGAUUCAUUUAUUAAAGCUGCCGGUGGUGAUCCGAAUAGUGUUGAAAGAGUAAAGAAGAUUAGUGAUUAUGCAUUUAUACACUUUAGAGAACGUGAACAAGCUUUACAAUGUUUGCAUACUUUAAAUGAUACUUAUAUUGAUGGUUCCAAGAUCGAAGUAACAUGGGCAAAACCAGUUGACAAGAAUGAAUUGAACACACGACAACAACCUUCUCGUACACCUGGAAGAUUAAUAAAUGAAUUAAUUCUUUCAAAUGAUCAGAAUAUGAUUUCUGCAGCGACAGCUGUUGUAGCAGCUGGAGGAAUACUGCCUCAGUUGGAGUCAACUUCACCAUUUUUCUUACCGUCUACUGCACAAGGUACACCUAUGGCAACGGAUCUUUUGCCGACUAAUUCAAAUAUAAUAAAUUCUGGACGUACUGAUAUUAAUCUUGGCAGUCCUAGUGGUAUAAAACUGAAUAAUUGUUCAAGAACGACGGGUCGAAGAAAUGCAGCUGGUAGUCGAAGUGCUGGAGCACAAAAAGAUCGUAAACAUCCUGUAGAAAAAUUACAGCAACGUCAGUUGAAUCCGUUGGCUUUAUUAGAGAAUUUAAACGACUUAUGUCUACGUGAUGGUCUUGGUUCACCGAUAUGCAGUGCCAUACCAGUUGAUUUUAUCGAUUCAACGACAGGAAAUAAAGUUCAAUUAUUUAUUGGACAGGUUUAUAUACCACAAUUGCAAUUCCGAUGCAAUACAACUCGUUAUUAUUUAACAGCUACUGAAGCUAAACUGGGUGCUUCAGAAAUAGCUAUUCAAAAUCUUCCAUUUAAUCUUUUCAAUUUGAAUGAAGCAUUUGCAGCUAAUUAUACUCUACCAAUUAAUCCAAGUGUAAUGCAUACAAAUGCAGCAUUUAUACCAUUACCUUUAUCAAACAAUUUACCAAAUACAUCAACAACAUUAAAUUUAUUACAAUCACAUCAAACCAAUAUGUUACAAUUAUCUGGUAAUUCAAAUUUUCCUAUCAAUAAUACUCAUGGUGGUGGUCUAAGCACAAUGACAGGGAAUUUGACUAAUAAUAAUAAUAAUAAUCAAACAAGCAAUACUCAUCAUCAUCAUUUACCAAAUGAAUGUUCCACUGGAACAUUGAUCAAUAAUGGAUUUGAUUAUUCCACACAAUUAUUUUCCACUGGGACAUUAGGCAAUAAUGGAAUUAUCAAUGCAACAUUUAAUAAUCAACCCACAUAUUAUUUUGAUCCAAAUUCUAUAUCAACUGCAGCAGCUGCCGCUGCGGCUGCUGCUGCUGCUGCUUCAACUAUGUUAGUUGGACCGAAUGGAUUAGAUCGAGCGAACAGUUCAGCUAUGCCACAAAUUAUUGGAUUACAACAAUCAUUAAAUAAUUGUAAUAAUGAAUUAGGACAAAGUUGUUCAUCUUCUUCUACAAUUGGACAAUCAUCAUUGAACAAUUCAAUGCCACCAUUAGCUGGUUUAUAUAAUCUAGGCUUACAAAUACCAUUAAUUUCAACAUCCACUCUAUCACAAACACAACCAACAAUUAAUUCCACUUCACAAACAACAACUGUUAUGAAUUUAUUGAAUAAUCAUCCAUCAUAUACAAAUCCUGUUUCAGCAGUACUUAAUAGUAAUUUAUCAGUUACACAAUCAAUGGAUGAACAAAAUUCACAAAUCACUUUAUUUGGUACAAGUUGAGAACUGAGCUAUAUGAGAAUCUAGGCGUUAUUCGAAUAUGAUGAUGAUGAUGAUUUCAAGUUUUCUCCAGUUUGCACUACAUAGAUGCAUACAUGUAAUGACUGUAUUUUUUUCUCUUUCCGACUAACAUUUCAUGAAAUUCACGAAUAGUGUGUGUGUGUGCACGUGUGUGUAAGUGUGUUGUGUGUGUCAUUCUAUUUUUUUCUGAGUUUUUGAACGAACAAUGUAAAUUCCAAAAUACCAAAUAUUUUUCUAACAUAUAGACAAUUUUUUUUUCUCAUUUAUUUCUUCAUGAAAAACAAAAAAGACAAACACAUUUUUUCAGUUUGGUUAUUAUUAAUUAUCUUGCUUUAUCUUGGUUGGACUUAGGUUUUUGCUUCUAAUAAUAAUAAUAAUAAUAAUUCUUUUUUUGUCUACCCGCGUAAAAUUGCUGCUCAUUAUUUUGUUUCUUUAUUUUAUUUUAUUUUACUAUUCUAUUUUUUUUUGAUGAAAUCUUUUUGAAGACGAAUUAUUAUUUUCAAAAUCAUCAUUCUAGACAAACAAACAGUUGUGUAAUUGGAAUUUUGCGAAAAAAAACAAUAUAUAUAUAUAUUUUUUUUUUCUGACAACAUAUAUAUUUCAUUCAUUCAUUCAUAGGCCAAAUAUUAUAUAUGAAUAAAAAUACAUUUUUACAUACUGUCAAGUUAACUAAAUAACACAUUCAAAUGGUACUAUACUAUACUACACAAUUGAGCACACUGAUAGAAUUGACAAAAACUCUACUACUUAAUAGAACAAAACGCACAAAUACUAACAUCUAUUUAUUUUUUUUUUCUUGUGAAGUAAAUGAAACACUACUAAACUGAAAAAAACAAACAACGAAACGAAAAAUGUUUAUUUCAUAAUCAUAUUGAUGACUUCUAUAUGUGUGAGAGUGUGUGUGAGUGAGACGACAUUGUUUUGUUUUUUUUUCUCAAUAAAUCUGUUAGUCAUUUUCAUCUUGUCAUCUAUCUUAACAAAAAAAAAAGGGAACGUAAUCUGUAUUUGGUUUGGGUUAUUUCUCCAUUACACACACACACCUUCAUUUUUUUUCUUUCUUCAUCAGUCACAUUUGUUGUAAAAAUAAAAAAAGUUUUAAGCAUAAAACAACAUUGUCAUUUAGUAGUUAUCUCUACUUUCUUACUUUUUUUUCUCUCAAAAUGUACUUUAUGUGUGUAGGUGAAUGUUUUCUUGUGUGUCUUCAUAUAUCAUAUAUAUAUACAUAUAUUGCGCAGAAUAUCGAUUGUUUCAAAAUACUAUUUUUUCAUCAGUGUUUUCUCUUUAUUAUUUUUUUUUU